AUGCUAUUAACCGUCUCCGUUUACCGCCAAAAAUUCAUCGCUACUUACAAAAGAAGUGUUGCAAAGCAGGAGUCAAUCCGCGAUAAAAAGUACAAGUACAAAGCGCUACAUCCGACGAAGGAUGACAAAACCUCCCCGCUCGUUACUAUUCCGAACGUAGAAGCGCCGCUAAAAGUGGGCCCGAGCGUCGCCGUCGAUCACGCGGCGACCGACGUCGGACGUGCAACCGUGAAAUCAUUAAUUCCGCAUCCCGUAAUAACCGGCACACAUCGGCGCACAUCGGCACACAUCGGCACACAUCGGCACACAACGUUCGCCGCGACAAUUGAA